AUGAACUGCUGCAGGAAACAAAGCUCUUUCCCUUUGGGUUUUGGGAAGGAGCUUUGGGCUCCUGGCCUAGCAGGGCGGGCUGGUGCAGGGAUGGGGAGUGUGGGGGAUGAGAGGUCACUGUGCUCAGUGCUUGUGGACUGCUUCCCGUGCUUCAGGACUCAGCCUCUGGGAGAUGAGCUCCCAGAACUCAUCAAGCACGGCCGGGAGAGGAUAGAACAAACCAUCAAGGCCUCUGGCUCCAGGCUCUGCUCAUAUGCUGAGCGAGUUGUUUUUUUAAUGGAUCGUUCCCGGAGCCCAGACAAAAACACCCAGCCUUCAACACCAACUGACAACAUCAACCUCGGACCUUCUGCUAACCCCAAUGCCAAGCCAACAGACUUUGACUUCCUGAAGGUUAUUGGCAAAGGAAGCUUUGGAAAAGUUCUCCUGGCCAAACGCAAGUGUGAUGGGACCUUUUAUGCAGUGAAAGUCUUGCAUAAGAAAACCAUCCUCAAGAAAAAGGAGCAAAACCACAUCAUGGCAGAACGCAACGUGCUCCUGAAAAACGUCAAGCACCCCUUCCUUGUGGGACUCCACUACUCCUUCCAGACCUCAGAGAAGCUUUACUUUGUGCUUGACUAUGUAAAUGGAGGAGAGCUCUUCUUCCACUUGCAAAGGGAGCGCUGUUUCCGUGAGCCCCGGGCCCGGUUCUACGCUGCAGAAGUGGCCAGUGCCAUUGGGUACCUGCAUUCCCUAAACAUCAUCUACAGGGACUUAAAGCCUGAGAACAUCCUCCUGGAUUGCCAGGGACACAUAGUAUUGACAGACUUUGGACUCUGCAAAGAAGGAAUGGAGCAAGAGGAGACAACUUCUACCUUUUGUGGCACUCCUGAGUAUCUGGCUCCUGAGGUGCUAAAGAAGCAGCCCUAUGACAGGACAGUAGACUGGUGGUGCCUAGGAGCUGUCCUCUAUGAAAUGCUCUUUGGACUGCCUCCUUUUUACAGCCGGGAUGUGUCUCAGAUGUAUGACAACAUUCUGCACAAGCCACUACAGAUCCAAGGAACCAAGACUGUGGCAGCUUGUGACAUCCUUCAGGGACUUCUCCACAAGGACCAGAAGAGGAGGCUGGGUGCCAAAACAGACUUUCUUGAGAUAAAGAGCCACGUAUUCUUCAGCCCAAUAAACUGGGAUGAUUUAUAUCACAAGAGGAUUACUCCUCCAUUCAACCCCAAUGUGGCUGGCCCAGCUGAUCUGCGACACUUUGAUCCUGAGUUCACCCAGGAAGCCAUCUCUGCCUCCAUCACCCGCACGCCUGACCUGGCAGCCAGCAGCUCCAGUGCCUCAGAUGCAUUUUUAGGAUUUUCAUACGCACCAACCGAAGAGGACAUUUAA